CCCGGCGGUGAGUGACGUCAUCAUCAGCUGACUCUCGACGCACAUCAAAACAAAGCCAGAAAUGAACGCCAACACGCAGGUCCUGGAACUGGACGUGGAGGGUAGACAGGUGGAUGAAGCAGUAUUAAGUCUGUUCCACACACUACUGUUUCACCGAACCACAGGGAAGUUCCACUACAAGAAUGAUGACACAUAUGCUGUUGGCACCAUUGGUUUCCAAGAUGUGGACUGCGAUUUCAUUGAUUUCACUUAUGUACGAUGUUCAUCAGAGGAGCUGGACAAGAGCAUCCGUCGUGACGUGAGUAGCUUCUGUGAAGCCAUAAGAGCACCUGAUGCUCCACCCAGUGGCCAGGUUGCCUUAGAAUUUUACCAACGAAAACGUGGCAGAUGGCCAUUUGCAACAGAAAGUAUUCCUUGGGAAGUUUGGACGUUAAGAGUUAAUGUGGUGUCUCUGAAUAAUGAACAUGAGAGACAGAUAUGGCGAGAGAAAGUUGGAGAAUCUCUUGGGGAGAGAUUACUGCACAUAACUGACACUUUGAAUCGGCAUGAUUAUAUCCCUUCACCUCCAAAUCAGGCAGAAAUAGAUCUAAUUUAUGACACAACUUACUCAGAUGUUCAGCCAUUUCUCUUUAAGGUAAAUUACAGUGUCUCAGCUCCAAGUAAUCCAUCAGCGACAACUACAUUCAAGAAACUGAUAAGGGACACUUUAGCACUAUAACAUUGGCUCUACACUAGGUUACUACAGCUAUGGUCCUGUGCUGCGUGCAGAACAUUGUUCACUGAGGAGGAUUUUGUUGCCUUGGUAUCCUAAGGCUAUGAAGCUUGGCAAAGCACAAGAUGCUCUGCAGUGGGAAUUUGGAAGGAAGUUGGACGUCCAUGAGAAGUCAGUAUAUAUGUGAUCUGAUGGUAAACCGUCAUCUCGCUUCUUCACAAUGAGUUUACCAGAAUGAUAAUUAUUUUUAACAUCAGGUUUUGAUCUUGUACUAAUUUAUUGUUUGUGUGAACUAACAGAUAUAUAUAUAUAUAGUACAGUCUGAUGUAUUGAUAAUUGAAUUUUGGUAAACUGGAUUUUAGAUAACUAUUAAUUGUUAUUGAAUUUUUUUUAGCAACACUGUGACCUGUGGAAAACAAAGAUAAUAGUGAUAUAUUUAGGUGCCGAUAUUUUUCACAGUGCUAAUUGUCUAAUUGUAUGUCCUGUAAUAUUAAUAAUAAUAUUCCAAGUGCUGAAGUAGAUGCAGAUUACAUACUUGCUUAUAGAUCUUUUAUGCUGGAAUCAACAAAGUACUGUAUGUUAUUGUACCUGCUGUUUUGACAACUCAGCAGAUAUUGCAUUUUCACUUAUGAGUCACAAAAUAGAAUAUAGUUUAGCUAUAAAUAGCAAACAUACCAUAUUAAAAAUACAGUAGCCUGUUUCUCAUCUGUUGCCUGGAAUUUUUGUGCAGAAGUAAAUACUUUGACAAAAUCUUCAAGCCACAGGAACUGGCUAAAUGUUUUAAUCACAUGGCCCACUAAGUGGGGCAUGUGCUGAAGUGAUUGAUCUAUAUUUUAAGUAAAAGUUAUACAUAUUUCAUAGAAAGUUUGGUAUGAGGGAUUAUAAGUGGUUGAGAAUGGCUCAUACAAUGAAACCCUCCUUUUACAGUUCAGCUUGACACAAAAUCAUAUAUCAGCCAUCCUACAUUCUCACAGGGUACUUCACCGAGUGAACUUCAUCACAUCUUCAUUUCAUAUGUGGUCAGACAUCUAGUGUCUUCACUGUGACAGUAUGCCCAACUGUUUUCAUAGGUUGAGGUGUGUCACUUGUGUUAUGACCCUCAUACAUACAUACUUUUAUUAAGCUAUCAGCAGGGAUGGCCUAGAAUGGCUGAAACAUGAUCACUUGAGGACCAUAAUGUUUCUAGUGGAACUGUGUUGCUCCUUAUUCGUGGUUAAUGAUAGAAACAAGAUUACGUAAGAAUGAAUACAUUUAAAGGUGUUGAACAUAUAUGAAGUGUUACUCAGAUUGUGUCACUUAUAAUAAGGUUAUAAAAUGAGGUUGAAUAAAUUAUAAAAUUAUUUGAUACCUAGAUAUGGUUGUAGUAAUCCCAAAUCUAGAAGAAAUGUGUUAAUCAUAAUUUGUUGUAAAAGGCAAAGGGGAUAAAUGUCUAAUAAAGUAAAAUCAGAUGUAUUCACUCAUUAUUGUAUUUGGAGUACAGUACCAUAAGUCUAUCUUGUCCCUAUAAAUUUUUUUAGCUCUUUUAAGUGACAUUCACAUAGUUUUGGCGUGAUGCACUUUGUAAUACUGUAAUGUUGUGUGUUAAAGGGCAACACCGAAUAUAUGAGUUUCUUUCUCAUUCAUUUUCUAUAUGUGCCAAAUGUGUCAUUAGGAUCACAUAACCUAUUUUUUCUGAAUUGUUGACCUGAGGUUAACAGUGCAUCAUAGUCUAGCUUUGAACAUUUUGGUUCUCAGGCUUUAAAUUUAAUAUGGAAGAUGAGUCUUGUUGACUUUGCUAGGUAAUUUCUGUCCGUGACUCUUAUUAAGAAAUUUGAAUAUCUUUUUAAUUUCAUUACUGAAUCUUAUUAAGGUUUCCUGGAGAAAUCUAUCCUAUAUAUGUAAGGUUUUUAAUUUAUUACUGCCCAUAGUAAGCAUAUGGAAAGAUUGACACAUUACACAUUUAAAAAGGUAAAAUCAUACUCUUAACAUUUUGUUAUCUUAUACAGUAACCACAACACUCUCUAGUAAAACAAAAGGCACUGAAGUGCUUGUUAUGGAAAUAAAAUAUUUUUGUAAAGGCAACAAUGUAUUUUGAAUUUCGGAAUUUCAUUGGAAACACGAUCCUUCUACCCCUCACACACACGUGUAGGAUGUUAUGGAUUCAAGUGCACCACAUUAUUGCAUCCAUGGCCUAUGCUCCAUCUGAAUGCAAUAAUCAUGGGUGUGAAAGAAUUCAGGGAUAUUUUAUGUAUUCUGUCUUAUGCAAAUAUGCAACAUCUAAUUUUGCUGUCGCUAUAUUUUAUCAUGCCAUAAUGUAGAAUAAUUUUAAAAUUCAGUAACUCCUUGAUUUCCUAGCUAUAAAAGUUAACACUUAAUGUAUACCAUACAAGAUGCUUGACGUAAUGGACAAAAGUUGUACUUAUUGAUGUGCAGAUAAAUUUAAUAUUCACUGAAAACUUCUUUAUACCUCGAGUGGCAUUGGGAAAAGUAAAAUACUGUAUGCAAUUACUGUACGUAAAUCUAAAAAUAUUAACCAAUAGAGUAUUAACUGAGCAUGUGAUAAAUUUGAUGGGAACCAGCUUCUAAAGUUCCUCUUGGAAUUUGUGAAUGCAUGCACUUGCUACAAUGGCUUCUGAACAAGAUCCCCCUCCCCCACCCCAAGAUACAACAAAAAACGAAAUGCCUACACAAAUGGCAAAGGGAAAGGAUGUGGCUUGUAAACAUGAAACCAAUGAAUCAUCUAAUUACCACAUGAAAAGAUAGAGGAAAGUACUAGGGUAGCCCACGUCUCAGCUUUCAAGUGGGUUGAGAAAUAGAAGUUUAGGGUCUGGAAUAUAUUCCAAUUGUUCUUGUAAGGAAGGUGAAAAUAUUAACUUACGGGUUCAACAUACACAGUAUUUUCCAGGAACUUCGUACCCAUAGAAAUAAACAGUUUGCUGUUGUGUACGUAUCAGGAGAGAGUUUUAGUUACUGAGUAAAUGAAGUGAAGCCCAGUCAAAGAAAAACUAACAAAAGUUAUGUAGGAUGGCAUAUACUACCAGUACAGUAAAUUGUAUAAUAGGAAAUACUUUUAGAUAAACUUAUUUGAUGACUGAUGUGUACAAAUUGUUUUAUGUGGUAAGUUGUUGAACUUUACAAGUUUUCAUAUAUUGAAGAAUAUUCUGGCAAUAAGAUCUAGAAUAAUUCUGCUUAGCAGAUAAUUACAGUAUAUCCCCAAAUGCAUUAAUGAGAUAUUAUGAAACUGCACCACAACAAGAAUGGCCUAUACUUCUUGUGAACACAAUCAUUCUUGAUGGGGAGGACAGACUUUAGUGAAACAUGAUAUUGCCUCCCUUUGAGCUCAGAUGAAUUCAGUAACAGACACGAUCUGAUAUUUUAAUGAGGGUGUUCAGAAUUUAUUGCUUGUUUAACUCCAGGUAAACAACAUGUGGCAUCUAGUCAAGGUUAGAGCUUGUUUCAUGUGCUAAUAAUUUUUCUAUGUAAUAAUAUUUUUCUCUACCAACCAUUUUCAAAGCUUAUUUCUGAAUUAACAAAUUGUUUGGUGAAAUCGUACAGACUUGCAUUCAAACAGAAACUUCCAGAAUGUUGAGAGAUUAGAAUUGGCUAUGUUAUGUUUCUUUUUUCAGCCACUUUGUUUUGGAUGAGAAUAGAACAUACUGUAUGUACUGUGGCUCAGUGAAUUAGUGUUCUAAUAGGAUCUACAGGUUUAUAGGGAUACUCCUCAUGAAACAAAUUUCUUUUAUAUCCUUGAAAUCUUUAAAUCUAGUUAAUUUACAUACAUUUUUCCCUCUCAAUAAUCAUCAGUGAAUUUCAGUUCUAUAUUCAAAUGCCAAUCUUUCUAAUGUUGAGAAAUGUGGGUGGAUAUUAUCUAGCAAAACUAUUACAGAGAGAUUAUUAGUAUAUGAAGAUAAGAGGUAAAAGCUGUUUUUCAAAGUAGCAUGAUGGUGUGGAGGAAAGCACAGCUACUACUGCUUCUUAAUAACAGUUGUUUGCUGCCCAGUUUCCACUGUACAUAUGAUGUCUUCUACCAUUUUUAUAUUACGAGAUGUUCAAGUGUUACAUUUUAUAAGUACAGUACUGUACACACGUAAUGGAGGUAAUUAGAAAUUAAGAGUAAAGUCUUUUGUAGUGUUUUAUACAUAAAUGUUAAGCUUUUUAUAUUUUUUUUGGCUGUUUAUUUGAAAAGAAUUAAAGCUUAAAGUAGUUUCUCUACUAGGUGUGAGUAUGCCAUCCCACAACAUGCUACAAAAAAGGGUUGGGUCAUAUCAGUAGUGUGUUAACAUUUCAUACAUUCAUUCAUAACAAUGUACUUGAUCCUCAACUGGACAUGGUACCAGAUGUCUGCUAUGUCAUUUGUUAAUGCAAGUGGUGGAAUUUUUUGAGUGGUAAUGUGGUGUAACAGAGAAUGAACAAGAAAAAGAUAUUUAACAUUCUUUAAUACUGAAUUCAUAAGCUCUGCUUUAUCCAGAUUUGAAGAAAUAAUAUCUAUUAUGAAGCAAAAAUUCAAGUUAUUACUGGUUAUACAACAGCUUGUAAUAUUCCCGUGCAGAGUUAGUGUAAGAGACUUAGGUUGUUACUAUUGUGUUAUUAACAAAGUGUUUCAACGUCUUGUUGUAAAGACUUUGCAAUACAGUAUGUGUUUGAGUGUGAGGCCUGACAGGCAGUUACAAUUAGCACAUUGUUAAUUCAGGGGUAUUGAAAACAUCAAGAUAAUACAGUAUUCUGUCUUCCAUUUUAGGAAAGACUUAUGUUGUUAUGAAAACUAGAAUAUUUACAAGGUUAGUCAUGUUACCUUAACUGAAAUUUUGAGCACUGUACUGUAUUAUUACAAAAAUAUUGCAUUGCCAGUGAGUCUCUUUGCACUCAUGUUAGAAAGUUGUGUACAAAUAAUAUGAAAGUUUUACAGUUUAUUUUCAAAUUAGAGUAAAAGAUAAUUCAAAUUAUAUACCCUGUACUGUAUUCCUGAGGCAAGAACUGUAAUAUACAGUAAAAUAGCCAAGAUAUUUUGUUCAGUAACAGUUUGACCUGAAGAUCAUCUGGACAGGUUCACAAUUCAUGAAUUUUUAGUUCUUAAUUACAGGUUUAUAUGUUAUAUGAUCAAUAAGGUGUAUAAAUGGCUGGUUUCACCGGUGCUGAAGAAUUCUGUACAGUAAACCCUCGAAUAACCGACCCACAAAUUUCCACCAAUUGUUCUUACCUACAGGUGUAGGCUGCAAACCAACAGCUCUUGCUAUCUCCACAGCUCAGUGUCCUUCUUCAGAUCUCUUUACCACAUCUAAUUUAACUUCUAAUUAACACUUUCCUCUUCUUUUUGUGACCACAACCAGCAGUGUUGCAAAAUGCACAUUUAGCACUCAUUGUUCUAGGGCUCAAAUAAAUUUAUAAUUGGAUUUUAAGUGAAUGUUGUUAGAGCAUCAACCAACCACUGAACAAUAACAAAUAUGUCGCCCACGCUGGUCGCUUACACAGCUGAUUACCUACGUACCAGUUUAAAAUUGUCGUAUAUUUAUCAUUUUCAUAGAUAUUUUAAAUUUUUUGUAAAGUACCUCGAUUAUCUGACUUACAGCUUUUCCGACCCUCCCCUCCCCUCAUAUACUGUAGGUCGGUUAAAUGAGGGUUUACUGCAUCUACAGCAUGUAGUCAUAAAUAUGUUUAAUAGUUAACCAUCUCAACUUGACUUACUAAUAAGCAGUUAUCAUCACACUGAUGUAAGACCACUGUGGAUGCCUCUAAGUAAUGAUUAAAGAUUUUUCCUCUCAAUAUCUAAGAUGGGUAUAUAUUUUUGUAAUAGUAAAUUAACCUCUUUAUUCUUCCCUUUGGUUUUAUCAGACACUAUUAAAUAAGUAAGCAAGGGAAGAAAAUGUAAAGAUGAUUAGGUAACACUAACCUGCAAGUUUUAAGUACAGUACAGCAGUAACGUGCAUGUCUCACCCAUAUGUCAAGGGUUCGAGGCCUGCUUGGCACGGGACAUGUAAGAAGGGUGUUAUCCAUUGUGAUCCAACCAAACAUCACAGGUUUCCUCCUGUUCUAACACUGGAUAGACCAAAUGCCUGAACAGCUAGUGAGCCGAGUGGUGAAAAUAUCCAAUAUGUAUAGAGUUCGUUAUUUAUGUCAUUUUAGGCACUUUACAUAGGUACUGAUAUCAGCUUGUGGCCACAAUACUCAUGGCUCAUUCUCAAAACAGCUACAGCUUUCCCACCAUGCUAAUCAGAAAUUGGUUUUGUUUAAAACAUCAGAUGCUUCUGAAUACAUUAUAUACAGUCACCCACAAAAGUUCUGCCACCUCUCCUGCUGUUCCACAAACCCUGAGAGUCAAACUCAUGAACCUGAAGCAGUAGACACUGGUGCAUUACAUGUAUUCUGUCCAUAAAUGCUUCGGAUUCACUAGUGUGAAUUUCAGAGAUUGUGGUUCUGAAGAGGCAACAGGACUUUUGUGGGUGCUGUAUCUCCUUUGCUUAUCCAUCAGUACUGUAAUUAUAUUAGUGAUUGAUAUUUCACUGAUAUGCAGUAAAUUAUAAUAUACGAAGAGUAAGUUUACAUCAUGUAGUUGUCUUCUAGCAAUGAUUUUAUAUUGGAUGGAGACCUAAGACUCUGCCUUCCUUGAUGUAUAACUUUUGCCCUGUUGUCUGCUGAGUAUUAAUUAUUGUUCAGUAGGUAAACUACAUUGAUGUCACUGAGCAGAGAGAAGUGUUUUGAGAUGGCAAGUUGGACAACGAGCAAAUUCCUUACAGUAUGCAGAAUUUCCUUGGGGACUCAGACACAGUAGAACCGCUGAUUAACAAGUGGAUAUUGCCGUACUGCAUUUACAGUUUUGAUAUGUUUACAAUUUUGCCAGUGCACGUUAGUGAUUAAUUUCAGCUUUCAUGUUCUCUAUAUCUCGGAUAAAAAAGAAAUAGGAAAAAUGCUUGAGUUAAUGUUAAUAACUCAAAGAGGCAAAGUUAAAAGAAAAAAAUUGUCUUAAAUCUCAUAGUGCAAUGUAAAAUUUGGUACAGUAUCUAACUAUAUCUUUUAUUUUAAUUUAUGAAACACUGGAGUCAGUAAUGAACUUAUUCAACAUUAGGAGCUAAAUCUCAAUGCCUUAUAAAGAGUGCAAAGCUAAACCUCAAGCCUCUUAACUUGGUCAUCACUGGAUAAUCUUAUACUGUACUGUACAGUACAUACUGUAUACUGUAUGUGAAAUUUCAUGUGAGUGUUUAAGACAUCAAUACUUAGAAUGCACAGUACUAUCAGGGAAACUUAUAUGAUUGGUCUAUAGAUGAAUCAUUGAGACAGUUGAUCAAUAAAUUUUGGUUUAUCUAUAUGCAACAAGUUAACUAUUGAACAUGCGUCUAAGUUGUUCAAGAUAAUAGCCAUUAAUGUAUCACUUUUCAUGUUAUGCAAAAUGACGUACUUUGAUCAAUAAUAUUUUAUGUAUGCAUGAUUUGUAUGGGAAUGUUGGCUACUGAUAUUUUCAUUUUUUACAAGGAUUACUUAUUGUGUUAGUCAUAUUUGUAAUACCCAAGGUUAAUUUAUAGACUAAAAUAGGGAAGACAUGUAGAAAUUGAUUCUAAACUAUGUUUUCUUUAUCUGAAUUUAACCCAAACAAGUUUCAUUAAUAUUAACUUCAUUAUACUGUAUAAAGAUGAUAAAUAGAACUGAAAGUUGCACAUUGUAAUAUUCUACAACUAUACAAAUAGAUUUUCUGCUUGUAGUUUAAUUAGUAAAAUUAACACAGGAAUUUUAUAUUUUUGGGUCAACAUAGAUGAAAAACAAGCCACUAUUUUCAGUCAAUGUUUUCCCACAUUAAUAUUUCAUACACUUAUGCAAUAAACCUUUUUAUGUGGUCCUCUGAAAAAAAUAGUAAUUUCUAGUGAUUAAAAUGUAAUUGCAAUGAUUUCACAAUACAUUACAUACCCGGUAGAGUGAAUUACAGUAUGAAGGUUCUCCUAGUAACUCAUUCUUUACACAGCUGCAGUGUUGCUGAUAGUAUUUAUUAAUACCUCAUAACAUAUAACAAUAUGCCACAAUCUUGUUAACUGCACCACCACUUACUACUGCUAGAGAACAUUUUGGGAUGGCUUCAGAGCUUUAAUAUGUUGAAUACAAUCUUGUUAUUAACAAGCCUUUGAUUUAAAAAUUUAUUUGUGUAUAUUUGAUUAUAAGUUAUUUUGUGAAUAAAUAUUUAUUUGAUAA